GAAAAGAAAAAUAAAAAAAAAAGGUUUCUCCCUCUGCAUAGGAAUCGGAAGAUGGCCCUCCUGCUCAAUCUACGCCUUAAACAGCUUGAAUGUGUAUUGCGGAUGCUGAACCUGAACAAGGAACCUUUGGAUCAAAGCGUGGAAUGUUUCAAGGUGUUGAUCUACGACGAUUUUUGUAAGGAUGUAAUCGCACCCUUAAUUGGUGUGAAGGAACUUCGUCGUCAAAGAGUAACACUCCAGUUGCCGAUCCAUGAUAAUGAGCGAAAGCAUGUUCCUACUGUAGCUGUCUACUUUGUUCAACCCACUGAAACCAACAUCCAGAGAAUCAUAGCAGAUGUUACUUCAUCUCUCUACGACACCUUUCAUCUGAACUUCUCCUCUUCCAUCCCCCGUCCCCUCCUCGAGGAUCUAGCUUCAGGGACUCUCCACCAUUGCAAUGGUUCCAUUGAAAGCGUGCAUGAUCAGUAUCUGGAGUUUGUCACUUUGGAGGACAACUUGUUUUCCUUGUCACAACAGAAUGUGUAUGCUCAGCUGAACGAUCCAUCAGCAACGGGGAGAGACAUUGAGGAGAUGAUCGAAAAAAUUGCUAGUGGCCUCUUCGAUGUCCUGGCAACCCUUGGUGUGGUCCCUGUGAUCAGAUGUCCUGUUGGAGGACCAGCAGAGAUGGUGGCAUCUUCGUUGGAUAAGAAACUUAGGUAUCAUCUUUUGUGCAAGAACAAUCUCAUGAGCUCGUUUCAGGUUCAGCGGCCUUUGUUGUGCAUUUUCGAUAGAAACUUUGACCUCUCUGUCGGGAUUCAACACGAUUUCAGAUACCGGCCUCUUGUUCACGAUCUUCUGGGUCUCAAGCUCAACGCCUUGAUCAUUCCAGGUGCUGCGCAAAAGAAGAAAAUCUUUUUAGACACUUGUUCUGACCCCUUUUGGUCCGCCAACGCUUCUCUAGAGUUUCCUCAAGUGGCUGGGGAGAUCGAAGCUCAGUUGAACAAUUACAAGAAAGACGUGGAGGAGGUGAACAGGAGAAGUAGCAGCAGCACUGAUCUGAUUGGGAACACCAAGCAUCUGAUGGAUGCUGUGAACUCACUUCCAGAGUUGACAGAGAGAAAGCAGGUGAUUGACAAGCACACAAACAUAGCCACCUUUCUCCUUGGAGAGAUCAAGGAGCGGUCUCUGGAUGUGUACACUACGAAAGAGAAGGACAUGAUGAUGGGAGGAGCCAGGAUUAACCUCACUGAUCUUCUUUCUGUUUUGAAAACCAAAGGCACCAAGAUGGACAAGCUACGCUUUGCCAUCAUCUACCUAUUAUCCUCCGAUACCCUUAACCAGGCUGAUGUCAAAGCCGUGGAACUCGCCUUGCGUGAGGCUGAGGCUGAUACAAGCGCUUUUCAGUAUCUGAAAAAGAUCAAGUCCCUGAACGUGGUGUCUUCCGCAGCAAACUCAGCCAGCAGAAGCAACAUUGUUGAUUGGGCUGAGAUGCUCUAUGAUCAGUCAAUAAACGCUGUCACUUCAGGAGUCAAGAAUCUCUUAACCGGUGAUCAGCAAUUGGCUGUGGCGCGGACUGUUGCAGCUUUAGCCGAGGGAAAACCCAACCCCGAAACAGACUCAUACCUUUUCCUCGAUCCAAGAGCUUCAAAAGCUUGCACUACUAGCCAUGUGAUGGGGAGGAGCUUCAGUGAAGCCAUUGUUUUCAUGGUCGGUGGGGGUAACUACAUUGAAUAUAGCGGUUUGCAGGAGCUCUCGCAGCAGCCUCAGGGGACGCUCAAGAACAUUAUCUAUGGAGCCACAGAGAUCCUUAAUGCAACUCAGAUCAUCGAGCAGCUCGCCAUCUUGGGACAAAAUAUGGGACUGGGAUGAACCAAGAUAAAGGGAGCCGGCUUCUGAGAUAUAAAUUUAGAAAAGUUGUUCUUCUAUAGGGUAUAUCUCCCCUGCAAGUGUUUCUUGUGGGUUUAAGUUUAGAUAAAAAAAACCACAAUGUAAGAGAUUUUAUAUGUUGGUGGUCCCCUUGUUCUGCCUUUCUUCUUUCUUUCUUUUCCUUGCUAUUGGUUUAUCUAUGUGUUUCUAACUUUAGAACAACA